AUGCACCGCACUGGAAAAACUGACAUUGAAAGAACAUUUGACUCGUUACAUCGUUUAUUAACUGAUCGUCAAACAACAUUAACACAUGAACUAGAAACAAAAGUAGCAGAAACAACAUCUAAGUUAGAAGAAGAGCAACACAGUGUUAAUGAACAACUCAAAGUGCUCAAAAUUAGAAAGCAUUUUAUAAAUCAGUUACGUAAUACUAAUGAUCAUUGUCAGAUAUUGAAGCAGAGAAAUGCUUUAUCUCUGAAAUUUCAUAAUGUAGAAAAACCGAAACUUCCGAUCGUAGAAAAGAGAUUAGUGUUUCAAAAUGAUAAAUUCAGGUUAAUCAAGACCGAACUAUCAGAGUUAGUAUGUUUUGAAAAAAGGGAUAUUGCAAACGUUACUUGGAAUUUGUCCAUCUCAACAGGUACCGAAAUGACAUAUCGUGUUGAUCAUCCACGUGGUUAUCAAUUUCAACUAUCUAAGCCAAUUAACCUCACAGCAGUCCACGUAAAAGUAGCCGUAAAUGGUCCAGUUAUUAUUUAUAUAUUAGACCAAAAUCAAAAGUUAAUUCAAAAAUCAACUGGGCAUGGAACUGGGACAUUGGAAUGGGUGAAAGUUCCAAUUAACGUAGAACUGAGAAACUCUUAUAGUGUUCUUGUUUGGUCAAAUAAUGGUACAUUUCAAGUUAAAAACGGCAACAAUAGUUUGCGUGUGGUGAAUGAGAGCUGUUUGUUGGAAAGUAAAUAUGCCUUGUUAACAGGUGAACCAAAUAUUAAUACUGUCAUGGCUCUGGAUCCGAACACAUUCUCUAUAGAAAUGGAAAUAAGAGUGGAAACAUGA